GUAUGUUGUUUGACUUGUUAACAUUUGCGAUUUAUUUCACAAAGAGAAAUGACCAUUUUUUGUUAACCAAAAUCGAACAUUCUUACCUCUACGACGUCCAGAUUGAGAAACCGCAUCAUGGUGAACGAAAAGAGCAAGCCUGCGGAGAAGAACUUGCCCAAAAGAACGUCGUCGCGACGCAAAAUUGACUCUCCACAGGACGAACCGGAUAAUCCACCGGCAAAAUCGGCCAAAACUGCAUCCAAACCAACCCCUAAGGCUAGUGGGGAGCCGCCGGCUUCCGCGAAAAGUGCGUCGAGUGGUACAACCAAGUCUGCUUCAAGUGGCACUGCUAAACCUGCCGCAGCCGCACCCCCGUCCUCCGCGAAGAAGGAAUUUGAAGGGGAUGUCUACAAGAGCCUGAUUGAGCAUGAAGAGGAAAUCAGCGUAAAUUCUAAACCAGAUGAGGACCACGACAAAUUCAAAGAGACCUGCAAUAAAAUAAAGGAUCUGAUGUUAUCUAUCAGCGAGCUAAAGAAGCAAGAUACUCCAGAGGCAAAGGCGGAAAUUGGCAAGAAAAGGAUUGAUGUGUGCAUGUUGUUUGUGACGCUCAAAAGAAUCAACCGGUUUGAAAAGUACAAGACGAAGAACUCGAGGGAAAUGCUGAGCAAAGUUCGUCAGCAGGUCGACAGCUACAACCUGCAGCUGCAGAAUUUGCUCUAUGAGUCGAUGCAUCUGCACAAGGCAGUCACCAAGUGCCUCGAGUUCAAGUCUGAGGACAAAGACAUAGAUUUGGUGCCUCUGCCCGAGUUCUACAAGGAAGCACCCCCGAGUAUAUCGCGCAAGGAGGAAACAGAGAAGGAUCCGCACUUGCAGCGUCUGGCCCGGCUGGAGUGGGAGCUGGAGCAGCGAAAACAGCUUGCUGCCAAGAGUGAGAUUUUGUUGAAGGAGAAGGAGGAGGUCGCCUCAGAUAUUAACAAAAAGAAUGAAUAUCUCGACAACAUCUGCCCUCAACUGGAGACUCUGAUGGAGGCGAUGAUCCCGGUGCAAGAGCAGCUUGGAAUGUCAGACAGCAAAGUUCGAAAGCUGCACAAGAGCGCGGUUUUGCUGCCGGAGCCGCUGUACGCGCUUUUUGUCCAGUUGGAGGCGUACAUGGAGGCCUCAGACAAGCUGAUCGUGGUAAGCAUCAUGGGAGACGAGGAGGAGGCCCGCCAACUCAAGAAAUCUUCACGCGUUGAGGAGGACAACGAAGACACAGACUCUGACUUGGAGGACCUCAUUCAGCCGAGUCGGCGCAGUCGGCGGGUCAAGAAAAGUGUGCGCCAGGAGGAGGAGCGCAAGGCCCUGCUGCAGAAGCAUCCACUAUCGGUGCAGCUGCUUGUCAAACUCAAGAAAUAUAAAGAUUCCAUCACGUUGACGUUCAACUACCUGAUAAAGCUGCAAGUAGUCACGGUUAAAUGCUUCGUAAACAUGGACAAGGAACUGGAAGGCAGUUUCGCUGGUGACCUGAUUUCUCCAUCCAAUCUGCUGAGUGAAUUGUUCCCAAAUGACACAGGAUUAACCAGUCCCAAUUCGUCAAAUUUUUUCCAACUCAAGGACUUGGGUCUCGACUCGUUCCACAACUAUGUUCAAGACGUGGGGUUCCCGUACCAAUGGGCCCAGAAAAUGUGCGGCUUUUCUUUCCUUGCGGAAACCCCAAACAGCGAGCCUGUUAUGGUGAUGAAGGUUGACCCUGCGGUCAUUAGAGGGUGUGUUCCGGAAAUGAUCAGAACCGUCCGAAGCAGGUUUAAGGCUAGGAUGGCUCUUGGCAAGCAAAUUCAGGACUUUGAAAGAGGGAAAGUGAUUGUUCACACCUCACAAAAGCGUCUUUUCCCAAGCAAAGUCGCGUGCAAUUUAGCGACUUGGGAAUCCAUAACCUGGGAGGAUUAUGAAACCAUCCCCUCAAACCAGAACUUAAUUGAAGAAGGCGUUGUCCACGAAUCAGACAAGUUUUACAAGGCAAAUUUCUCGCGACUUAACUCUGAUGGCAAUUUUGCAAAACUCACCGCCUACAUCGUGGUCAAGCCCGACUACCCCAGAGUUGCCCCAGUUUUUUCCCUUAGAAUGCACUGGAACACAGACAUAGACGCCCGAAACAGUAGUGCUAUAAGGGACAUGGAGAAAGAGGUAAACGUGCAUUGGCGCGAGCUGAUUACUGAGCCUGGCUGGGUGUGGGGAUUGCUGUCGGCCCAGAUGAUGCGCGUAAUGGUUUGCUUUGACGUGUUCCUGGAGGCCCUCGGCUGUGCGGGCACCGCGCCCCCAGAGUUCAGCAUGGACACCCACAGGAUGUUCUUCAGACCAGUGAAGGGAAGGUGCCGAAGUCUGCCGUUCAAGUACGUGCCUGGAGCCGGAAAUGGCAGGUUCGUCCAACGCUGAUUUUAAUGCUUAUGAUUUAAUUUCUAAAUAUAAUGCUCAAGCUGAGCAAUUUUGUCUUGAUAAA